UUUCGUUCUACGUCUCCAGAACUUCUACGAUAAUAAGUGACAAAAAUUCAUAACUCUCCAAUUAAUAUGACUAGAUUUUCAGUAACUCGCUCCUUGUAUCAUUCAAUAUUUAUUGGAUUAUGUGUCUACAUUCUAUUUCUAUUCAAUUUAUCAAAAACACGGUUGACACCUGAAGAAAGGCCAGCUACGUACAUGAAGAAAAAUGUAUUUUAUCAAUCAGGAAACGAAGCAACUUUGGACAACUGUCCAUGGCCCAUAUCAAAUGUUGAAAAUGUUAUAAAUAGAGUUUCAGUUUUGGAGAAUUCCGGAAAGAGAUAUAUUUUCUCAGAUUUCGGUUAUAGUCAAGGAAUUGGAAAUUUGAUGUUCCAAGUGGCUGGUCUUUUAUCAAUUGCUAGAGAAACUGGGUCAAUACUUUUAAUUCCAUCAACAACUACUCUCCGAAGAGCAUUUGAUUUUGAAACGACUUUUAAUGAUUCAAUACAGUUUGUUGGAGAGGAUCUGAGUAGACAGCUAGCAGAAGACCUAAAUGCAUCAAAAAUUACUUUGACUAGCUGCUGUGCCUACCGUAAUCUUAGUACCAUACUUUUCAAUGAUUCUCGAAUAAUUGAAAGAAUAGAUGGAUAUUUCCAAAAUUUCCGUUAUUUCCAUCCGGAUUCUCAGAAAAUUGUUAAGAAACUAUUCACUUUUAUGGAUCCUGUAAGAAAAAGGGUGGACGAAUUUCUGGAAAAUGUUGGAAUUUCUUUGACAGUCCGAAAUGCAAGAGUUAUCGAGACAAAUGUGGCAAAUGAUGAUCAAGCUUUGGAAUUACCUGAGGAAGAUGCAUUCGCGAAAACAAUGAUGGUUGGUGUUCAUAUUCGUCAUGGAAUGGAUAUUUCAAUGAAUUCCCGUAAUCGAAUACAUGGACACGUGGAUACACCAAUUGAAUAUUAUAAACGAGCCAUCCAACAGAUUUCAAAAAUUUAUGAGAAUGUGGCAUUUAUUAUCUGCUCUGAUAACGUGGCUUGGGCGAGACGGAAUCUUAAACUGGGAAAAGAAACUCUACAUUUCUUCUGUCCGGGACCUCGAGAAGUUGACAUGGCAAUUCUAAAAUCUUGUGAUAGUGUUAUUAUUUCAACUGGAACUUUUGGAUGGUGGAGUGCAUAUUUAAAUGUCAAUGCAUCACCGGAUGUAUAUUACUACAAACACUGGCCAGCGCCGGGAUCUGUGAUGGAGAAGAUGACAAAUAAAACUGAAUAUUUUUUAAAGUCCUGGACGGCUUUAGAGUAAAUGCAUUUUGAUCUCAAUUUUUAUGAACCUGUGAAUACUAUUGGUGGACUUGAAUGAACGAUGAUAUUU